UAGCAAUAUUGAAAAAUCACAUUUUCUUGUGUGACUAUAUAGGAUAUACCUCAUUAGUGCUAUGUACAUGAGACCACACAAUAAUAUCAUCAUGCUAGCUCCUUGUGUUGAGCUUCCCCUUUCUUUCUUUUCUCCUUUAAUAACCAAUAUUCUUCUUAAUUCAUUCUUAUAGCUAGGAUAUAUUUUCAAACCUCUUCUUUCACACCUUGCUAGAGUUUGUGUGUUGUUGAUUUUAGAAGUAGAAUAAUGGAGCAGAGCAAUUUUAUAAGUUCAUUUCAAAAUAAUAAUCCUCAUCAUGAUGACUUAGCCUCUUCUAGCUUGGAGAGAAAGCAUCAUCAUCAUCAUCAUAAAGAAGAUUAUAAUACAUAUUCAUCUUUCAAUUUAAGGAAUGUUUCAAAGCUCAUUCUUCCCCCACUUGGUGUUUCAAAACAAAAUCUAGUUUACUCUAAAGGCUGGAUCAUAUCCCCAAUGGAUUCCAAAUACAGGAGUUGGGAGAGUUUAAUGGUUGUUUUGGUAGCAUAUUCUGCAUGGGUUUAUCCCUUUGAAGUUGCUUUCAUGCACUCUUCACCAAAUAGGAAACUCUAUAUUGUGGACAAUGUUGUUGAUCUUUUCUUUGCUGUUGACAUUAUUUUGACAUUCUUCCUAGCAUACAUAGAUCGAACAACUCAUCUACUUGUUCGAGACUCCAAAAAAAUUGUUCUAAGGUACUUGUCAACAUGGUUCCUAAUGGAUGUGGCAUCAUCUAUACCAUAUGAGGCAAUAGGCUAUAUUUUAACUGGCAAACACAAAUUGGGUCUCCCUUACCUUCUCUUGGGAAUGCUCAGAUUUUGGAGACUAAGACGUGUUAAGCAAUUCUUCACAAGGCUUGAGAAAGACAUCAGGUUCAGCUAUUUCUGGGUCAGAUGUGCUAGGCUUCUUGCUGUAACACUUUUUUCAGUUCAUUGUGCUGGGUGCCUUUAUUACAUGUUAGCUGAUAGGUACCCUCAUCAAGGAAAGACAUGGAUUGGAGCUGUGUUUCCAAACUUCAGAGAGACAAGCCCUAGGAUAAGAUAUAUUUCAGCCAUCUAUUGGUCCAUAACUACCAUGACAACUGUUGGUUAUGGUGACCUUCAUGCUGUCAACACCAUGGAAAUGAUUUUCAUUAUUUUCUACAUGCUCUUCAACCUUGGUCUAACUGCUUAUUUGAUUGGUAACAUGACAAAUCUUGUUGUUGAAGGAACUCGUCGCACCAUGGAAUUUAGAAAUAGCAUUGAAGCAGCAUCAAACUUUGUGUGCCGAAAUCGGUUGCCUCUAAGAUUAAGAGAACAGAUCCUGGCUUACAUGUGUUUAAGAUUUAAGGCAGAGAGUUUGAAUCAGCAUCAGCUAAUUGAACAACUACCAAAGUCAAUUUGCAAAAGCAUCUGUCAGCAUUUGUUUUUCCCAACUGUAGAGAAAGUUUAUCUCUUCAAAGAUGUCUCAAAAGAAAUCCUUUUGUCCAUAGUUGCAAAAAUGACGGCAGAGUACAUACCACCUAGAGAAGAUGUUAUAAUGCAAAACGAAGCACCAGAUGAUGUUUACAUUAUAGUGUCUGGAGAAGUAGAAAUCAUUGAUAGUGGUAUAGAGAAAGAGAGAGUUUUAGGAACUUUACAAACAGGUGACAUGUUUGGAGAAGUUGGUGCACUUUGUUGUAGGCCUCAGAACUUUACCUACAGAACCAAGACUCUCACACAGCUUUUGAGGCUGAAAACAAAUACUCUUAUUGAAGCAAUGCAGACUAGAAAAGAAGACAAUAUACAAAUACUCAAAAAUUUCCUUCAGCAUUUUAAGCAGCUUAAGGAUUUGAGUAUCAAAGAUUUAAUGGUGGAGAAUGUGGAAGAAGAGGAUCCUAAUAUGGCUGUGAAUUUGUUAACUGUGGCUAGCACAGGCAAUGCUGCUUUUCUUGAGGAGCUUCUAAGAGCAGGGUUGGAUCCUGACAUUGGAGACUCCAAAGGGAAAACUCCAUUGCACAUAGCAGCAUCAAAUGGACAUGAAGAGUGUGUUAAAGUCUUGCUCAAGCAUUCAUGCAACAUACAUAUAAGAGACAUGAAUGGUAACACAGCACUAUGGGAUGCUAUAGAAUCAAAACAUAACUCAAUAUUCAGAAUCCUCUAUCAGCUAGCUGCUCUUUCUGAUCCAUACACAGCAGGCAAUCUUCUAUGCACAGCCGCAAAAAGAAACGAUUUAACAGUGAUGAAUGAGCUUUUAAAGCAAGGAUUAAACAUCGACUCCAAAGAUCGACACGGCACCACAGCUAUCCAAAUUGCUAUGUCAGAAAAUCUUGUGGACAUGGUUCAGUUGCUUGUCAUGAAUGGUGCAGAUGUUGCUGAAGUACAUACACAUGAAUUUUCUGCAUCAACCUUAAAGAAAAUGCUGAAGAAACGCGAAAUCGGGCAUCAAAUUACUGUGAAUGAGGCCAUGGCUAGUGAGUUUGCAUUAAAAGAACAAAAUCAAGAGGAAGAUAAGCAUGUUUGGGGAAGAUAUAAUGGACUAGAGUGUCCUAGAGUAAGUAUAUAUAGAAGUCACCCUGUAGUGAGAAGAGAAAGAGGUUUCAUUGAAGCUGGAAAGUUAAUAAGGUUGCCUGAUUCAUUAGAGAAACUCAAAACUAUUGCAGGUGAAAAAUUUGGGUUUGAUGCAAGAGAUGCAGUGGUGACAAAUGAAGAAGGAGCAGAAAUAGACUGUAUUGAUGUGAUCAGGGAUAAUGAUAAACUUUUUUUUGUUGAAUAGGCUAUUGAUGCUAAAUUUCAAAUGUAGAUAUAUGUAGUCUUGCACAAUAGAAUUAUGUGCUUCUUUCAUUGUUGGUUUUCCUGUUGUCACACAGAAGUGGUUUGCUUGCUUUAUAAAAGAAAAAAGAUUAACUCUACUUUUAAAUUUUAAUCUCUUCCUUUUUUGUGAUCGUUGAUUAUGAGAUAAAAAAUCAGAAUCAUAAGAUUAGUUUUCUGA